GUAGGUUAAAUUAAGGUGCGUGUUUGUUUUCUAAGCAAAUGUAGGGUUUCUUACUUAUUUACCGUGUAUUAUCAAUAUAAUUUGCUUAUUUGCUCCCUCAGAUAGUCAACUUUUAAAUAAAAGAGGGUUUACUAUUCAUUAUGGAGGACAUUGAAGAUGUAGAUUAUGUUGCCGCAGAACAUGAUGCAUUAGUGAAAGCAGUUUCAAAUUUAGAUAAAACACAACAUAUUACGGAACCGACACGUAAUGAACCCACGAAUGUGAGUUCUGAAUUCCACUUAUUAAAGAGGUCUAACAAAUUAAACCUCAACAAUGUCGUUGAAGUUUUAGACGGCACUGCUCAUCGUUCAAAAAUAAGUAAAAAAUUGAAAAAGAUUCAAAAGGAGUCACAUGUGUUACCUAAACCUUUGGAGAAACCUCAAGCGGAUAGAAUCAAACGAUCUACCGGUUAUGAGGAAAGCAAAAAGAAGGUUGGUCGGUGGGAUCCUGUUGUAGCUCGAAACCGUACUGUUGAUUUUGUGUCAUUUCCAAUAAAGCGUGACUCAAAUAAGCUUCAGUCCACUGAGGAUUUCUUGUCAAAGCUCAAAUUGAAAUCUUCACUUGAAAAAGAAUUGGAUGAAGUAGAUCCACCAAACAUUAUGGAAGAGGAUGAAGAAGAACCAACUUAUCCUAUGUCCUAUGAAGAAAUGGUAGAACAUAGACAGCAUUCAGCUAAAAUUAGAGCACAACAAUCAUAUAAGGCAGCGAAAGCAAAAAGACAAAGUAAAAUAAAGAGUAAAAAGUAUCAUAGAAUACUUAAAAAAGAAAAACUAAAGCUACAGCUUAAAGAAUUUGAAGAGUUACAAAAGAAGAAUCCGGAAGAGGCUUUACAGAAGCUUGAGGCUCUGGAAAAGGCUAGAGCGUUAGAGCGACAUACUUUGAGGCACAAAAAUACAGGAAAGUGGGCUAGAAAUCAGUUGAUUCGAGCUAAAUAUGACAAAGAGGUAAGACAGCAGAUUGCUGAACAGUUGGCUGUAAGUAGAAAUUUAACACACAAACCUCAAGACACAGAGAGUACAGAUGAUGAAACUGAAAACAAUGAAGUAAUUCCAGAUAUAAACCUAUGUCAAGACCCUAUGAAUCCUUGGAUGUUGCAAAGAUCGGAUAAAUCAAAUAUAAAUGAUGAAUUUAAUUUUGGUUACAAAAAAUAUUUAAACAAUAGAAUGUUUAAGAGAAAGGAUGGUAGUGAAUCAGAUUCUAAUAAUGAAGAGACUGCCAAUGUAGAAGAUAUCAAUGAGUUAGAUAGAGACAAAAUAAGUUCUUUAAGAGAAAGUAUUAAAAAAUUGGCUGGAACUGAAAAUGUCAAUAAUAAAGAGAUUAUAAUGAACACUACUACUUCAAAGAAAAGUACUGAUAAUUAUAAAUCCCCUAAUAAAAAAAAUAUCAAAAAUAGGAUAAAAGCUAUUGUAGCAACAUCAAAUUGGAUUGUUGAAACAAUCAACAAUAAUGUAAAUGAUGAAAAACAAACUAAUAUUAAAAAAGAAGUAACUUCAGCUUUUGAGUCAUUUGAAAAUGAUGUAGCAAACAAAGUUGAGCAGAAACUGAAAAAGUUGAGAAAGGAUAUUAACCUUUUGGAAAAACCAAGUAAGCUAUCUAAUAAAAAUAAAAAAAUAAUUGAAAAGGAAUAUGAUAGUUUUGAAAACUUGAAAUUUAAGAAUCAAAAACUUAAAGCUAUAAUAGAUGAAGAACUGAUAGAAACUGAUAAUUCAACUAAAAAUAAGGAUUCUGAUAAUGUAAAGGAUGCAUCUAAAGUAUUAGAAACUAUACAGCAUAAUGUACAAGAAAACACUACUUCUGAUAUUGAUCCUAAUCGAUUUAUUGAAGUCAAACCUAAAUACUUAAACACUGCAUUGCCAAACUUAGAAAAUGACAAUGAUGAAUUGGAUGAUGAUCAAGUUGUUCCAAAGGUUAAUAUUGAAGAAGUGUUUGAAGAAGAUGAUAUAGUUGCCAGUUUUAGACAAGAAAAGGAAGAGGAGGCCAAAAAGGAGCCUAAUGAUAUUGAUCUUAGUCUUCCCGGUUGGGGCAACUGGGGAGGUAAAGGCGUUAAAGCUCCAAAAAGAAAAAGGAACAGAUUUAUAGUUAAAGCUGCACCGAAAAUGCCUCGGCGAGAUGAAAAUAAAGGAGACGUGAUCAUUACAGAAUAUAAAGAUCCUAAACUAGCUUCUCAUAAAGUAACAGAUGUUCCAUUCCCUUUUACAGGUGUUAAAGAGUAUGAAGCGUCUAUCAGAGCUCCUAUGGGUAACACAUUCAUACCUGAAAAAGCCCAUAAAAUAUUAAUUCGACCAAAUGUUAUCACGAAAGCCGGUACCAUAAUAGAACCAAUGGAUGAAGACGAAUUGUUAGUUAAGAAAAAUCGCAAUUUCUGGAAUAAAAAUGUUAUAAAUCUAUUGGCAAAAAAAUAAAGAAUUUUUUUUUCUUGUAAUUUUUACUAACUAUCCUUUGCCUGUACUAUAAUGCGACUAUCGUAGAGUUUUGAGAGUGUAACUAAAAAAAUGACUUAAAUACGUGAACUGCAAACGA